AUGAGGCCGAAGUAUGUCCGUUGUAUUUGGGCGAGGUUCCCUUGUUUCCCGAACAAUUCCCCGAAGUACUGUCUUGUAGUGCGGAGGAGCUUGUCAUCCCUGUCUGUCUGGUUCUCGGAAAGUGACCCGCCAAGCGGGCAGGUGUGCUGUGAUGCAAUGCCAUCAUAUCAAGUCGCAUUAGAUGCUAUCGUCGUUCGCAACGUGGCAGCGGCAAUCACACACGAGCCACGGCGCCUUGCAUUGAACGGUGUGCUACACGGGCCAUGGUUACAGGCAGAACCGGUGGGAGAGACUCACCGCCACGAUAUCGACUCGGUUGUGGACGGCAUAGAUGCAUAUGGGCUCACCAAUGCUUUCUCAGUUGCAGGGCCUGGAUUCUAUGAUUUUCCUUGA